UGCGUCGCGUGCGCGCUGUACGAGGACUGGAUUUGCUUCGCGAUGAUCCUCACGGGGAUCCUCGCUAACGGCCUCUCUUGCUACUGGAUCGGCUCCGGGACGCUCACCUUCACGCGCCCCAAGCCCGCGAAUGGCGCGCCCCCCGCGCACGGCAUCUUGAACGACGGCGAGCAGAUCAUCAUCCUCAAGGGUCCCGAGGGCGCGGUCAACGCCGUCACCCGCGGCGCGUUCUCCCUCGACUACGGCUGCGGCGAGAGAUACCACCGGAUCGGGGUGUGCGCGCUCCUCCUCACGACGCAGUUCCUCGCGCAGCUCAUCCUCCUCCCGCAAGGGACGAACUUUGGCCAGAUCAUGUUCCUCACGUCCCUCGCGGUCUCCUGGUUGUACAACAUCUACCUCUCGUCGCUCGACCGCGACAGCAUCAAGCGCCGCAUCCUCAUGAAGAAGAUCCUCCAGGAGCCACGCAUGGCCAAGUACACGCUCGGCACCCGCACCGCCAUGGCCGUCUUCGUCCUCCUCGUCCUCGCCGAGCGCGACGGCGCUCAUCAGAAGCUAUGGCACCCCGUCGCGGAACAGGACGAGGCCGACUCGAAGUCGUUGCAGAGCCUGUUCGACGAGCUCCUCCCGAACGACACGCCCACGUGGCGGGUGUGGAAGGACGCGACGCUGCGCAAGGUGCUCAGUACCACCGCGGCGCGU